AUGGCCGGGAGGUCGCCGCGGUUCAGAGUGGCGCCUGUGAGCUGGCUGCUCCACACGGAGCUGCUGCUGCUGCUGCUGCUGGGCCACACCCCGGAGUCGCUGGCCCUGCCCGGCUACAGCUCCGACCCCAAGCGCGAGAUUGUGGUGGAGGGGGACCUGGUGAUCGGCGGCCUGUUCCCCGUGCACCAGAAGGGGGAGGGCAUGGAGGACUGCGGCCGCAUCAACGCCCAGCGUGGCAUCCAGCGUCUGGAGGCCAUGCUGUUGGCACUGGACGAGAUCAACCGUGACGAUCGCAUCCUGCCCGGGCUCACCCUCGGCGCUCACAUCCUGGACACCUGCUCCAAGGACACCUACGCGCUGGAGCAGUCGCUGGAGUUCGUGCGCGCCUCGCUCACCAAGGUGGACGACAGCGAGUACACCUGCCCGGAUGGGUCCUACGCCCUCCACGACGACGUGGCCCUGGCCAUCUCUGGAGUCAUAGGCGGCUCCUACAGUGACGUAUCCAUUCAGGUGGCAAACUUGCUUCGUCUGUUCCAGAUCCCUCAAAUAAGCUAUGCCUCAACUAGCGCUAAACUGAGUGACAAAUCUCGGUAUGACUUCUUUGCUCGCACUGUUCCACCUGACUUCUACCAGGCCAAAGCCAUAGCGGAGAUCUUACGCUUCUUCAACUGGACCUACGUAUCCACCGUGGCCUCAGAGGGGGACUAUGGUGAGACAGGUAUCGAUGCCUUCCAGCAGGAGGCUCGGGCACUCCAGAUCUGUAUUGCCAUUUCGGCCAAGGUGAGCCGCUCCAUGGACCGCUACAGCUACGAGAAUGUGAUUCGCUCUCUGCAACAGAAGUCCAACGCCAAAGUAGUGAUCCUGUUCACACGCAGUGAGGAUGCACGCGAGCUGCUUGUGGCUGCCACGCGCAUGAACGUCACCUUCAUCUGGGUGGCAAGUGACGGCUGGGGCGCUCAGGAGAGUGUGGUGAGAGGCAGCGAGACGGCAGCAAACGGGGCCUUCACCAUCGAGCUGGCCUCCUAUCCUCUUCCCCAGUUUACCGAGUAUUUCACCAGCCUGAACCCUUACAACAACACCCGAAAUCCAUGGUUCCGAGAGUUCUGGGAGCACAACUUUCAGUGCAGCCUCCACAACGUGAGCUGCGCAAAGCACUCCCUCAAAGACAGCAAAUUCGAACAAGAGUCGAAGAUUAUGUUUGUAGUGAAUGCAGUCUAUGCCAUGGCACACGCCUUGCAUAACAUGAGACAGGCUGUGUGCCUCAACACCACUAAGGUCUGCAGUGCUAUGAAACCAGGCAACGGCCGCAAGUUCUACAAGGACUACAUUCUGAAGACCAAAUUCGAUGCCCCGUUCCGACCAGCAGCCAGCGAUCACGUUGUUCGGUUUGAUGCCGUCGGUGACAGCUUGGGCCGCUAUAAUAUCUUCCACUACCACAAGGAGGAUGGCAAGUACAUGUACCAGAAGGUGGGCUACUGGGCCCAGAGCCUGACCCUCAACACCAGCCUGAUUCCAUGGGAGAGCCAGGCGGUGCCCACCUCCCAGUGCAGCGACCCAUGCCGCAAGAACGAGAUCAAGAGCAUGCAGCCGGGCGACGUGUGCUGCUGGAUCUGCAUCCCCUGCCAGGCGUACCAGUACCUGAGGGACGAGUUCACCUGCGCGGACUGCAGCUUCGGCCAGUGGCCCCUGGCCAACCUGACGGGUUGCUACGACCUGCCGGAGGAGUACAUCCGCUGGGAGGACGCGUGGGCGGUGGGCCCGGUGACCAUCUCCUGCCUGGGCAUCAUGUGCACGCUGUUUGUGGUGGGGCUGUUCUUCAAGCACAACGACACGCCGGUGGUGAAGGCGUCGGGCCGCGAGGUCUCCUACAUCCUGCUCCUGGGCGUGCUCAUGUGCUACGCCAUGACCUUCAUCUACAUCGCCAAGCCGUCGGCGGCCGUGUGCACGCUGCGGCGCCUGGGCCUGGGCACGUCCUUCGCCGUCUGCUACUCGGCGCUGCUCACCAAGACCAACCGCAUCUCGCGCAUCUUCAACGGCGUGAAGGGCGCCGGGGCGCAGCGGCCCCGCUUCAUCAGCCCCACCUCGCAGGUGGCCAUCUGCGCGGCGCUCAUCUCCUGCCAGCUGCUGGUGGCCAUGGGCUGGCUCCUGGUGGAGACGCCGGGCGUCCGGAAGGAGGUGACCCCGGAGCGGCGCAACGUGGUCACGCUCAAGUGCAACAGCAAGGACUCCAGCAUGCUGGUGUCGCUCACCUACAACUGCGUGCUCAUCAUCCUGUGCACCGUCUACGCCUUCAAGACCCGCAAGUGCCCCGAGAACUUCAACGAGGCCAAGUUCAUCGGCUUCACCAUGUACACCACCUGCAUCAUCUGGCUGGCCUUCCAGCCCAUCUUCUACGUCACCGCCAGUGACUACAGGGUGCAGACCACCACCAUGUGCAUCUCCGUCAGUCUGAGUGGCUCCGUCGUGCUGGGCUGCCUCUUUGCUCCUAAGGUCCACAUCAUCCUGUUCCAGCCGCAGAAGAACAUCACAACGCUCAGAGUGGCCACCACCCGCUUCAGCGUGACCACGGGACCUGGGUUCCAGCUUCUCACAAGGUAGCGCCUUCAUUCGCCACAGCUUUGUAGUCAUUGUAAUCAUCACCAUCAUUGUUAACAUCAAAAUGCAACAUUACAGCUGCACCCA